AGCGGAACCUCGUCCGGCUGUUGUAAUAUUCUUCCAGCCAUCAGGCAGAUAGAAAGCUUUCAUUCAUAAGGUGGUAACUACGAGAGUUUCAUUCAAGAAUAGUCCGCUCGCCGAAAAGCAUGAGUGUGGAUUGCACGAGGCAACCACAGCCAUAAAACGUAUUUACCUACCUUCAUCAACAGCUGAGCUGAUGAGAAUCUAGAUAAUCUAGUGCAUUCCUUUCGGUCCCAAAUAUUUCGAAUCAGAGCCUUUCUGCCCACUCGAGAGCUGCACCCAUUCCUGUUCAUAUAUUUUUUAUCUGUUUUGUUAGUUCGAUAUUAUAUUGUUGGAUCUAUGUUAAGUAUUCUACAAACUGUCCGUAGUGCGCGUAUCUAUCUUACCGGUUAAAUAUUUUAUGAAAUGAUUCCAAAGGGAGUAGUUAUAGUGCUAGUUAUUUUUGGAAAUUUCCAAUGGCCUUAUACGGAAGCAUCAUGUUACUUCCCACAAGAGUUUCAAGGAGAAUUUCUGAUGCAAAGCCCUACACCCAUGGGCAUUGGUAUACAAUACAGUCCACUCAACAUCACUGAAAAUUCGAUACCUAUUUGGGGAAAUUGUCAUCGCAGAAUUGGAAACAAUUUCAUUCUUAUGUUCAAUUAUAGUGAAACUUUAUGUAUAAGAUGUUUGCAUCUAAAUCUACGAUCGUCGAAUGUUUUACAAAUUUUCGUUGCAAAUGAAGAUACGAUAUCAAAAUGUUUCACUAACGAGGAAGCAGCGGAAGCAAACUGUCCUUCUGAACAAUCUUUAGUUACAAGAGAAGCAACGGAAAUAUUAUUAUUCAAAACGAAAGACACCUUCGGUUCUUAUACGACCAGACACUACUGUCCUAUAGAUGGUAACUAUCACUUAAGCUACAGGGGAACUGCAAAAAAACAUUCAAACCAAUGCAAAGGCUUUGAUUCCAUGGCAAAUUCUUGUCCGUCUGGUUCAACAUUGAAUUUUAUGUUGAGAAAUUGUACUUUUGAGGGAUACGAUAUGAAAUUUGAAUGUUUGGCACAUUGGAGAGGUCUGGAUGAUGAAACUUAUGUGGUUUUUACGGAUAGUAGACAUUUAACAAAUCUUAGGCCUAAAUAUAGAUGCGCAAUGUAUAAACAAGACCCCAAAACAGGUAAAAUCGAGAUGGCUUUAUCCAGGGACUCAACUUGUACCAACGGAUUACAUAAUAUUACUUCCGCUUUCGAAACGAUGAUUCUGAAACCAAAAAUAGAACGACCAUGGCCCGCAGAAGUGUCUUUCGAAAUGUGUAGCUUCCCUCAAUGGAUGUCCGGUGAUUGGGAACAUGUUAGAGUAAAAUCUGAUACCAUGAUUUAUAAAGAUCACAAUUCUUUUAAAACCCAUACCAUCAGAUGUGUGGCAGUAUUGGAAGACAGCGAUAAGUAUCUGGUGUUCAGUAGGACCCAAUGUGAUGAAGAAUCGUAUAACUGUUUGCGGUUAGCUAACAGAGGCAAUAAUAUUUUAGAAUUUCAGCUUGGUACCAAUAGUAGUAUUAACAAAGAUGAUGUAUUUACUAUUUGUUCGGACGAAAAUUUUCAAUCGGAUCAAUGGAUUACUCAAGGUCGCCUCGAGAUUCCUCCAGGUCUAUCGACUGGAAUGUGUCCAAUAACUGGAGAAUAUACAGGACGGAUUCCAGACGCCACAGAUCUUUGUGCCAAAUUAUGGUCAGACUGCAGAGCUCCAGAGCUUAUGUACUAUCAAGUAUCCCACUGCGAGUCUGAAGAAAUUUUCGAAGAAAGGGAGUACCAAUGUCUGGGACAUUGGAGGGAACGAAAUUUGCUCUAUACUUACACUGAAAGAAAGGAUGUAUCUGCUGGUACUUACGAAUGUUUUGUCGGCUCGAUUAUCACGGAGGGUGAGAUUUACAUCAAAGAAGCUGGCGAACAUUGUCAGCGAAAUGUGGAUCCGCUUAGAUAUGGAAUGAAACUGAUUAAAAAACAGCCGUUAUAUUCUUGUAUAGAUCGAAGUACCACGCCUAAACACAUACCACGUAUGACAACUAGAAGGUCUACAACGAAGCGGCCUAGUGAAACAUUUGUUCCUAAAAGAACAACACCUAUACCAGAUUUCGAAUCCAACGAUAUUCCUGACUUGCCCAGGGAAAAAACAAAGGUGGGAUCAUCGGGCAUUUCGAUAUACCUUAACAAAUAUUUGUACAUAGUUUUAUAUUUAUUGUUUAAAUAUUUUUAAUUUAUUUCUUUAGAACUUUUAGAAAAUUAUUAUGACUUGGUCUUGCCAGAAAAUCUACUACUAUUUCUCUAUUUAUAUCAGAAAAAUUGUUACCGAUACUUACCUAACAUCACACUGAAAAAAUAUACAAUUUGAUAAUGGUUAUAUUAAAGAAAUAUUGCAAUAGGCAGACUAUUUAUGUUUUGAGACUAUUAUAUUGCCAUAUUUUAGCAGUCUAUCAGUGUAUUGUUAACAAACGAACUUUGACUUAACUUAUUUUACACAUUUUAAAUAUUUUAUAGUCGAAUAUAUGUCUUGUGCAACUAUUUUCCCUUAAAAGAUGGUGUUUCAUUGAAAACGCAAAAAUAUAAAAAAUAAUAUUUAGGUGGACAUUUUGGCGUUUUCAUACUUGUAAUUAGUUUCACCCAUUCUUCCCUAAGCCAACCCCUUAUAACUAUGCCGAAAUAUGUCCCCCGUAAUAUUAUUUUCGACGUUUUUUUUUUUUUUUUUAACUAGCAAAUCGAAAAAGUUAUACAAGCCAUUGUUCACUAUUAAUUAUUUGUAGCGUAUAGAAAACUUCAACGAAUAUACCCACACCAAAUAAAACAAAUUGAUUUGGGUAGUAUUAUUAGGUAAUCUAGAUUUUAGAUAAGUGAACUGAUUUCCAAAAAAAAUGCGUACGGAGUGUGAUGUAGAUAAAUUUUAUUGUUGGCUUUUGUCCAUAAGUAUGUUGUCCUAGUGAUGUUGAUUCUAUUGUGAUUUAAAUUUAUUUAUAUACGUAUUUGUAGUAAAAUGUACUUAAGGAC